AUGGGGGCUCCCUCUUCUCUCCCCAGCUACGGCGUGAAGGAAGUGGGGGGAGUGCGACGCUUCGCCGGGCCAGGCCUGAAGAGCGAAGAGACCGUGAGUGUGAUGAUGACGGGCGGCCCGUGGCCCACGAGGCUCUACAAGCUGUGCCAGAGCUACCUGGGCGACUUCGGGGAGGAGCAGAUUUACGAGGAGUACCGACGCAGGCCGGACGCCUUGGCGGAGUUCCUGUGCUCCAGAGAGCAGAGAGCCUGUGCAAGACUUAGCGAUGCCCAGGGCGGCAGCCUAAAUGAAGCGAAGGCUGUGCAGAGUGAGCUGUAGCACAGCUCCUGCACAGCCCAGA